UUGCUCACUCGUCUAUAUCAAUAAAUAAAAGCCCUUCAUUGCCAAGAAAAAUAAAAGAAAAUCUCAUCAGAGAGUUCUCAAGAAUCAGUUUCAAUGGUGAUUAAAAACAAGCUUCCACUUCUUCUCCUUCUCUCCAUCAUCCUUCUCUUCCUCAACCACCCUGUGCUUAGCGACACUGAUGAAGAGGACGUUCUUUUCACAGGCAUCAACAGCUACAGAACAUCACAGAAUCUUACAACUCUAAACAAGAACGAAAACGCAGAGUGUCUAGCCGACGAAAUCGCUGAACAGUUCAAGAACAGACCAUGCACCAACGACACUGGCUCAGCCACAGUACCUGGAACCGAGCCACAGUUCGCAGCUUACCCUAAGAUUCUAACUAAGUGCCACUUAAACGUGUCAGACACAAGAGAUGGUAUGAUCAUGCCAGCAUGUGUUCCUCGUUUAGAGUCGAGCCUUGUCCUCACAAACUUCACCAAGUCACAAUACUCCAGGAGUUUGAACGAUUCCAAGUUUACUGGAAUGGGUAUUGGUAAAGAAAAUGAUUGGAUCGUUGUGGUUCUUACUACCAACACAGCAGGAGGAAGCUAUUCUACAGAUACAGAUACAAAAGAUGAUCAUGAUGAUCAUGAUGAUGAUUCUAGUGGCUUCACCUUUCGUAUUGGCCUCGCUAAUUAUUUAUUAGUUCUCAUCAUGGCUUUUUGUUUCUUCCUCUAUUGAGAUAUCUAUCACAUGUUUUGAGUUUGUUUUAGUCUCAACUCUUCUUUAGACUAUGAAUAAUUUCUGCUUAUGAUAUUUUAAUAUUUUUAUUUGAAUUAAAACAAAUAUAUCUUCUCCUAACUUAAAAUAAACUGAC